AUGCAACAACAAGAACCCAACGAAUUUAGCCCUGAAGGCCGAUUUGAAGAUAAUGGAAUCGAUGAUGAUUUUUCUUUUGUUUAUCUAAAUCCAGAUGGCUCUCCUAUCAGUGCUGAAGAUGCCUUCCUCAACGGCCAGAUUCGUCCCGUAUUCCCUAUCUUUGAUCAACGGAUUUUAACGGACGGUGGUUUCGAGGUCAAAGAAACCACGUCGGUUCGACCUCAUUUGAAGAAGCUAUUCAUGGAAGAUUUCGUUUGUUCUCGUACUGAGACUCAAACUAGGGCUUCGACGUCGGCGCCGGGGUUAGGGAAGAAGAGCUAUUCGACGGGGUUUUCGAAGCUGUGGCGGUUCGGGGAUAAGAUUUGGCGUAGCAGUAGCGAGGGGAAGGAGGAGGCGUUUUUGUUUUUGAGAAGUGCUUCGUCGAGAAGCGGCGGCGGCGGCGGAGACAAGGCGGAGAAGAAGAAGACGACGACGAAAGGGGAAACGGCGUCGUAUUAUCAUGAACGGCAUUACGCGAGGAACAGAGCGGAAAGUGAGGUGAAUAAACGGAAAUCGUAUCUGCCGUACAGAAGCAAUCUUAUGGGCUUUUUCACCGCUCCUAAUGGUUUGAACAGAAAUUUUUAG